AUGUUGCAGUUUGAAAAUUCGAUGCGUCUGUACGCAAGGCUCAUGCCUAGACAGAAGCUUAUCUUUUACUGGCCCGCGCAUGAGCAGCAUACAUCCUCAGAAAAAAUUGCUUCCUAUCCGGUCUGUUUUCCAGAGACUCCAGUGACUUUGCCGACUGAUCUCGACACAUUGGGGAGAUUUAAUUCAGAACGAGAAUAUUCUCCUGGACGGUUGCGAGCAACCGAUGAAAGACUUCCGGUAGCACCUGAAAGGAAGCGAAAUGGGGACACUUUUACUGAAAGACGCGAGGAGAAGCGAGUGGGGAUUCUUGGAAAAAAUGAGCAUCUGGCAGUAACUGAAGCAAAAUAUGUGGAACGAAUCGAGCAGCGGGUGAUACAACGAGAUGAUGCACUAGGGCGAUUCCGAGAGGGUGAAGUGACCAUGGAGCGGGAAGUCCUAAGGAAAGAAAAUGUGGCUUUCGGUGAAAGGAGUGCCCUACGAACUGCUCCGAAAGAAACGGUCGUUAAUGAACAUGUUGGAGGACUUGAUUUUUCACGUUUCGCUGAUGUCACAGACGAUGACGUGAUUGGAAGACCGCUGGAAGCUGAUGAGGCCGAACAGAUAGCCAUGGCGUGCGUGAAAGAAGCCGCUGUCACGGCCAAGGAGUUGCAUCGCCGUGGUAAACCGUCCGAGUCCGAGGUACGUGUAAACCGUCAAAUGACAUUAACUUAUUGGUGA